CCUUGAGCACCGGGGACUGGGAGGCCCCAUCACUGCCUCUCAUAGGGCUCAUGCUGCCAGGGAUUACUGGAGUAGCUGCGCACGUCGAGCGACCUGCUGUCCAAACCCCCCCAAUUCAGCGCUACAUAAGGAAGGCAGCUGAGAGAAAAUUCUCCAUGAAUGUACGUCACAAUGAUGAUGACCGACCAAAUCCCACUGGAACUGCCACCCUUGCUGAAUGGGGAGGUAGCCAUGAUGCCUCAUAUAGUAAAUGGGGAUGGAUCACAGCAGGUCAUUCUAGUUCAGGUUAACCCAGGAGAAACCUUUACAAUCCGCGCAGAGGACGGGACACUGCAGUGCAUUCAAGGUCCUGCAGAAGUUCCAAUGAUGUCCCCCAAUGGGUCCAUCCCACCAAUACAUGUACCUCCUGGUUACAUUUCGCAGGUUAUAGAAGACAGCACAGGAGUUCGACGUGUAGUGGUUACUCCACAGUCUCCAGAUUGUUACCCUCCCAGUUAUCCAUCCGCCAUCUCCCCCACUCACCAUUUGCCUCCUUACCUUGCACAUCAUCCACAUUUUUUACACAAUUCACACAACCCAUUUUACCCACCAGUCACUGGGCCAGGGGAAAUGCCACCCCAGUUCUUCCCACAUCAUCUCCCUCCCACAAUAUAUGGAGAACAGGAAAUCAUACCACUGUUUGGGAUGUCCAGUUACAUCACCCGAGAAGACCAGUAUUGCAAGCCUCAACACAAGAAGCUGAAACAGAUCGAUAGACAAAACCGGUUGAACAGCCCUCCAUCCACUUUAUACAAGAGCCAUUUAGGAAACUGUACGACUAUGUAUAAUGGCAAUGGCAAAGCUCACAAUGGAGCCAGCUGUGGAGGAAUGGGCAGUGUAACGGGAAUUAAAAAAACUGAACGCAGGACGCGGAGCAGUCCAAAGUCAAACGAUCAAGACAUACAAGAGUAUGAACCAGAAAUAAAGAAGAAUCAAGAGAUUGUAUCAGGGAUUGAGAAGUUAACGGUCUCCAAUAUUCAGUCCAGAAGUGCAGUAGUAUCAUGGUCGCCCUGCAAUGGGUAUCCAAGUGGAGAGAAGUCCAGCAAUGGCUUGUCCUAUCCCUGUAGCUAUGAGGUUGCUUUAUCAGACAAAGGGAGAGAUGGAAAGUAUAAAAUUAUUUACAGCGGAGAAGAAUUAGAGUGUCAUUUGAAGGACCUGAGGCCGACGACAGAUUACCAUGUCAGAGUCUAUACAACAAAUAAAUCAGUAAAGGGAUCCUGUUCAGAACCUGUAACAUUCACCACUCACAGCUGUGCACCCGAAUGUCCAUUUCCACCUAAGCUGUCUCAAAGAUCCAAAAGUUCACUCACACUACAAUGGAAGGCGCCAGUUGAUAAUGGUUCAAAAAUCACCAGCUACCUUUUACAGUGGGAUGAGGGUAAACGAAACAGCGUGUUCAGAGAGUGUUACACGGGAAACCAAAGGCACUGUAAGCUGACAAAAUUGUGUCCGGCAAUGGGGUAUACAUUUAGAGUAGCAGCACGCAAUGAUAUUGGGAAAAGUGAGUACAGCCAAGAGGUUGUGUACUGCACAUCAGGCAAUAUCCCUCCUACACCCGCAGCACCGAAGCUUAUUAGAGCUGGAAUUACAUGGAUAAGUCUCCACUGGACGAGGCCAGAGGGAUGUUUUCCAGAAGAGGUGAUUUCAUACACGCUGGAGAUUCAGGAGGAUACCGACAGUGUAUUUCAACCUACAUACACUGGAGAAGAAUUAACAUGUACUGUGAAUAAUCUCCAAAGAAGCACACAAUACAAAUUUAGGCUUAUUGCCUCAAAUGUUGAAGGAAGUAGCAAUCCGAGUGAAAUCUUGGUGUGCACCACAAGUCCGGACCGGCCAGGUCCUCCAUCUCAACCCGCAGUUAAAGGUGCUGUCACUGCACAGGGCUUCACCAUUCAGUGGGAUGCUCCUGAUGACAACGGUGGGUCAGAAAUACUGAAAUACCUGUUGGAGAUCUCUGAAGGGACUUCUGAAGCAACACAAUGGAAAGUGGCAUACAGUGGGUCUGCAACAGAAUACACCUGUAAUGACUUGAAACCAGGCACUUUAUACAAACUCCGCGUGUGCUCCAUCAGCACAGGAGGACACAGUCAGUGUUCUGAAAGUCAUCCUAUUCACACAUUAUGUGUAGCACCAGGUCCUUGUCAAGCACCCAGAGUGGUAGGCAAACCAAAGCACAAAGAAGUUCACCUGCAAUGGGAUUCCCCGGGGUGCCAGGUAUCAGAGUACAGCCUAGAGCUCGGUGUGCCUGGGGGACAUACCACCGAGGUCUAUCAUGGUUGUGAUUUAGAGUGUACAGUCAGCGAUCUGCUUCCUGGAAGUACUUAUCAGUUCAGAGUACGAGCGCAGAAUGAUGGAGGAUACGGUCCUUACUCAGACGCCACAGAGAUCACUACUGCAGCAGGACCACCCGCACAGUGCAGACCUCCAGUCCUGACAUUCCUGUCUGACACAUGUGUACUUAUAAGCUGGGAGAGUCCUGAGAGCAAUGGAGCAGACAUCUCGGGUUACAGACUACAGUGGGGUAAAGAAGAGGACACUCUAGAAUUAGUUUACAGUGGCUCUGAUACUAGUUUCCAGGUGUCUGAUUUGUCACCAGCAACACAGUACUGCUGCCAGCUUCAGGCAGUAAAUGUAUCUGGAGUUGGACCAUUCAGUGAUACAGUGAGCUGCAGGACGCCAGCCUCUGCCCCAGACACAGUGCCUAACCUUUAUGUGAUAGAUGGAGCCCAUCUAGAAUCAUGUACAAUGCUCUCAUCAGUGUGCCUACUACUAAGCUGGGAGGAACCAUGCUGCAAUGGGUCAGAUAUCAUUGCGUACAACAUAGACAUGGAAGACUAUACCAUCUCGGUAGAGAAUGUAACAAGUUACGUCAUUGAGAAUUUACAGCCAGAGGCAACCUACCAAAUCCGAAUUCAAGCAGUGAAUGAGAUUGGAGCUGGGCCAUUCAGUGAAGCAAUCAAUGUCAAGACAAACCCUCUUCCUCCACUGCCUCCUCGGCUCGAGUGCGCGGCUGCCGGGCCCCAGAGUCUGAAAUUAAAGUGGGGGGAAAGUGGAACAAAGUUUCAAACGUUGGAUGAUGUCAUUUUCAUCCUUCAAAUAGAAGACAAAAAUAAAAGGUUUCUCCCAAUCUACAGAGGGCCAAGCCACACUUACAAAGUGCAGAGACUGACAGAAUACACCUGCUACAACUUCCGAAUCCAGGCUGUGAACGAUGCAGGGGAAGGGCCAUUUUCUGACAUCUACACAUUCAGUACAACCAAAGCAGUGCCACCAACCAUUAAAGCUCCUCGUGUAACACACUUAGAAGGAAACACAUGUGAAAUUUCCUGGGAGACAGUACCGCCUAUGAGGGGCGAUCCACUUGGGUACAUAUUACAAGUACAAGUUGGACGAGAGUCAGAAUACAAACAGGUAUACAAAGGAGAAGAUACAUCAUUUCACAUCUCAGGUGUCCAAACGAAUAUGGAUUACAGAUUUCGGGUUUGUGUAUGUCGUCGAUGUAUCGAAACCUCACAGGAACUCUGUGGAGCUUACAGUCCAUCUGCAUCUUUUGUUAUGAGACGGAAUGAUCUCAUGUUGCCGGAGGACCUAUCACGCCUUGAGCGUUCAAAACUUAAGGGCAUGGUGCCUACUGAUGAACAGUUUGCAAUUCUUAUUGUUUUAGGCUUUGCAACCUUGUCUAUUUUAUUUGCCUUUAUACUUCAGUACUUCUUUAUGAAGUAAACGAUGAAGACAGGUUAGAGAUGUAAACUUAACUAAUGCUGCGCAUUAUAAUCCAUUUUAUUCAAAUAUUCAUUUUUAAAUAAAUACAGACAUGUUCCAUUUUACAUUUUAUAUUCAUAUUUUUACUGUUUCAAUACAUUUUUAGUGUUUUGAUGCACCUUUUUGAAAUGUAAACCCAGGACAUAGCUGAAAUUUGUUUCUGCUACGUAGAUAUAUAAGUUUAUUGCAACAGCAGUUUUCUGCUCCUUAGCUGAACCCAAAUUAGUGGUUGACUUUAUUUCUAAACAAAGGAUCAAAACGCAAAAUAAUUCAAUGCUAUCCAAACAUUUGUGACUUGUGAUAAGGCUUUGUAUAUUGAUGUGGUUUUCCACAGAAACAUCGACAUACAUAAACAUGACCACACAAAAAGGUUCAUACAUGGAUACAAAUGCAUACAAACAAGAAAUUUCUACAUACACAGACUAGAUAUACGUGUAGAUAGUGUAUUGUAAAAUUUCAUGCAUUUAACUUGAAAUUGCUUGUCAUAACUGUUAUGAUAUUGCUGUCAUAAAGAAGGGAAAUUUGCUGAAUGUUUACAAUCUUAAGUGAUAAACAGCGCACACAAAUCAAAAGAGUGCCUUAAAAUUCAACUGUGCCUUAAAGGGGUUGUGCAAGAAUGGGUGGGGGAGUUUUGGCAACCCCUUCCCUCUUGGCCACACCUGUACAAGAAAGCUUACUUACCUGCUUCUCGCCCCUUCUCUUGCAAGCCUGCUCCGCUAGGCUCCCUUUCUGAAAAAAUCAAGUUUGACAUCACCGCAGCAAAUCACUGCAUCCAAUCUGUGGUCAUGUGACUAUUUGUCAUGACGUAAGAUGAGCCAGUCACCGCCGCAGCCAAUUAUUUGCUGCAGGCGAUGUAAAACUAGAUUUUUACAGCGAGGGAGCCAAGCAGACCAUUGCAGGCUGUGAGGAGAAGGAGCGGGGAGCCUGCAUCAGGAAGCAGGUAAGUAUGCUUCCCUUUACAGUUCUGGCCAAGUGGGGGGUUUUGCCAGAAACCCCUCCAUUCUUGCCCAACCUCUUUAAGGCUAGCAGGUUGUCUGCUGUACAUGGUGGCUGGUAGUAACAGUAUUUUUUCAGAACCAACACAUAAGAAUAUGAGUAUGAAAUUGAGUAUUGCAUUGCCAUAAUGUGCAAGACAAAAUAUUACUUACUGUAGUUAAAGGCUGUGUACACCUUCGGAGGCAAUUUAUUUAUGAUUGCAUAUUACUCAUUUUUGGCUAAAAUAAUUUUUAAAUUGGCCUUUAUUAAAAUGUAUUGAGCUAUUAUGUCACAAAGCAUUAACAGUUUAUCUAACUGUGUAACUCGUACUUUCACUUUCACUUUAUGCGGGUCAUCUAAUAAACCUUAUCUCUAAACUACUAAGAGGUCAUAAACAUUUGUUUAAGCCACAUUCUUAUCAGUAAGAUAAGAACUGAGCUAUAAUGAGUGCUCAUAAUGUCAGAGAGCAGAGAUAAGGAGCCCAUCUGCUCUUGGUCUGACUGAAGCGACAGAAAAUCCAAAGGGUGCUACUAGAGUAUGUCAGCUAUGCACAGAAAAAAAUGACACCAUAUAUUUAAUAAAGAACAAUUAAAUAAAAUUAUUUUUAUCUCAAAAUGGAUACAAUGCAAUAAUAAAAAAAUGGUGUAUAUAGCCUUUAACAGUUCAGUAUAACACUGUACAUUUUAUAGUUUAAAGGGUUUUACCAUGAACAUAAUGUUUAUUGUUAGAUUCAGCACAUAAUUAUAACCAUUUUUUUGUAUUUUCACUUUUUAAAAAUACCUGUAUCCCCAUAUAUUCCAGGAUAAUGUGAGUAUAGCAAAACUUGCUGUUCCUAUUGAGCAGCCUUCUUGUGUCCACCCUAAUACAUAUGCAGAGGUGGACACAAGUGCUCAGUCUUGCCUCUCUGUCUCUCUCUACUCUUUCAGGUAUGUGGAAGGAUACUGGGUAUGGUGAUUGAUUUGCUUGUGAAGCUGAAGCAUCUUCUGUCCUUUACAGAGGAGAUACUGUGCACGUAAUGAGAGCAGCACAGUUACUGUUGCACUUGCCCAAGCAUCUCUUCUGAGAAACAAAAAACGAUGCUGUGACUUCAGAAGGAGCUGGCUUACCUCAUCACCGAUCUGUCUGUAUAAUUGGUUGAGCAAGGGGAGAAGCUAGACUGGGCAUGUGUCCAACAUGGCAUGUUUACUGAGGUGGACACAGGAAGGUUGUUCAGCAGAAACUGCAGGGGGUUCUAGGAAUAUUCUAGGAAUAUCUAGAGAUACAAGCAUGUAUUUAUUAAGUGCAAAUAUAUAAAAUGUUUAUAAUUAUGGGAUGGAUUUAGCUAUAAGCAAUAUUUUUUAUAGGAUAACCUCUGAAAUAUUGCAUUACACUCCUGUUACACAAGUUUGUAUUUAUUCUCAAUAUACACUUUGAAAAUACAUUGAGCGAUUGUCCAAUCAUGACCUCAGAAAUUAUAUGUCACAGUCAGUACCUACAGGGCAUGAUUACCUGCUAUUUAUUUUUCUGAGUUCUUGCUCAUUGAUUACUUUGUAUCUCCGCAAUCUGUGAUUUGUGAAUACAGCUUAGCUACAGUGACUAGAGGGAGUCUGAAGUAGUCUGAGACAAACCUCCUGUCUCUUCAUUGGUUUAGGCUUCUGCCUCUUCCCUCCUCCUGCAGCUCUGCUCCCUCAGGUCUAUCUAAGUCAGUGCAUGAAGAGCCAAUUUCCAUUACAACAAGGGAAUAAUGAUUAGAAAGUGCAGAUUACUAACAUGAUUGUUAAGUAUCUGCCACACAUACACUGACUGCCAUUUAGGGAGCAGGUUCCAUGCCAUCCAUUCUCUUGUAUGGAUGGUAGUAGAAUUUAGAAAGAUGGCUACUCCAACAUUUAUGGAUGUCCUUGAUGUCCUACAUUUCAAAACCUUUCCAAUCCCCCCAAAAACCUCCAACUCUAUAUCAUUGACACAAUUAAUAAUUUCUAUCUGUGAAAAGCAGUUCUAAGCCCUGGCCGUCAUCCUCAUUUUCUGCACUUUAAAUGCUAGUAGAGUAUGUGAAUAACAGGUUUAUUACCAACACAUAUUCAGUUUGAAAACUAAUGGAGAUUGGAGACCUGACUUGCAGGCCUUGUCUUGUUGCUAAGCAGUGGCCCAAAGACAUUCAGGCUGCUUGGCAAACUGCACCGAUGAAAUAUUGCUCAUUAGACGGUGUGUAAUGAAUAGUUAUAACGGUUUUGUGGACUAUUGAAAGUAAAGCUUUGAGCUCAGUUAAUAUUUCAUUGUUACUUGAACCAGUAUGUCAUGUUGACAUUGUUUAAAAAGCAUUAUCAACCAUAUUAAACCAGGCAUACCACCUGAUAGGGUUGAUCAUGAUGACUAAAAGUAUCUUUUUUUUCUUUGCAAUUGCAAUUGGUAAUACCAAUGCAAAAAAUAUCUUACUUUUUGUUAUAUGUAAAUGAGGUGCGCAGAGCACCAAGGGGCUGGCCUAGCCCCUUGAAGCACUACUUCACCUCUGCCUCUCCUGUGGCCAGUUCACCUCCCAGUGAAAUUGCCAGGGCCAGGCAACCUCACUGCUCCAAUAU